CCUUUCAAGUCAAAACACCGUGUGUUUUUGGUCUGAUGAGAUCAGAGUAACUGCUCUCGAAAUAUUGAACCCUUGUUUGUGUGUGUGUUUGGAAACUGAGAAAUACUUGCGAAGGUUAUGAGCUUAGAAGAAUGUCGGACACUCUGACCCCUUUAAAUCAUCAACCUUCAUCUAUUCAAACAGACACAGCGACGCCUUCCCUCAAGAGAACUGGGAACAUAUGGACUGCUGUGGCACAUAUAAUAACAGCAGUAAUAGGGUCAGGGGUACUAUCUCUGGCAUGGAGCAUGGCUCAGCUAGGGUGGAUUGCAGGUCCAUUGACCAUGCUGUCCUUUGCAUCAAUCACCUUUGUUUCAGCAUCUCUUCUAUGCAAUUGCUACAUGUCUAAAUCUGACUCCAGAAAUCGCUCUUACCUUGAUGCUGCUAAGAAUAUUUUAGGAAAUAAGAGCGCGUGGCUGUGUGGUAUUUUUGUAAAUAUAAAUUUUGUCAAGGUUGGAAUCGUCUAUACCAUUACGUCUGCAAUCAGCAUGAGAGCGAUUAUGAAAUCAAACUGUUACCAUAAAGAAGGGCAUAAGGCUUCUUGUAAUUAUGGAAUUACUUUUUACAUGCUUCUAUUUGGAAUUAUUCAAAGUGUAGUGUCUCAGAUACCUGAUUUCCAUGGUACAAAAUGGCUCUCGAUUGUUGCUGCAGUAAUGUCCUUCACCUAUUCUAUCAUCGGAUCAGCACUUGGCUUAGCAAAAGUGAUAGGAAAUGGAAAAAUUAAAGGUAGCAUUGGAGGAGUGCCAACUUCUACUGUGGCUGAAAAAGUAUGGUUGGUUUCUCAAUCACUUGGCGACAUUGCUUUUGCCUUUCCAUUCACCAUAGUUCUGCUUGAGAUACAGGAUACGUUGAAGCCACCAUCAGAAAUGAUCACCAUGCAGAAGGCCUCCACGAUGGCAAUCUGUAUUACAACCUUUUUCUACCUUUGCUGUGGAGGAUUUGGCUAUGCAGCUUUUGGGAAUUCUACACCAGGGAACCUCUUGACAGGAUUCGGAUUCUACGAGCCAUACUGGCUCAUUGACUUUGCGAACGCAUGCAUCGUUCUUCAUUUAAUUGGAGGAUAUCAGGUAUUUAGUCAGCCAUUGUUUGCAAUUGCAGAAAGAUUGAUUGCUCAGAAGUUCCCAAACAAUGGAUUUAUAAAUCGUAAUUAUACCUUGAAAUUCCCACAUUUGCCAGCUUUGAGAUUAAGCCUCUUAAGAUUGUGUUUCCGGACUGCUUAUGUUGCAUUUACAACUGGAAUCGCAAUUGUUUUCCCAUACUUCAACCAAGUUGUUGGAGUGGCUGGAGCCUUGACCUUUUGGCCUAUAGUUAUAUUUUUCCCUGCGGAAAUGUACUUAGCGCAUAAAAAUGUUGAAGCUUGGACAACCAAGUUCAUUGUCCUUCGUACCUAUACCACUGUUUGCUUGUUCGUGUUAAUGUUUGCAUUGGUUGGAUCAAUUGAAGGUGUAAUAACUGCCAAGUUUGGGUAAGAUAUACUUUCUUCUCUUCCUCAAUGAAAUAAGAGGCCUUAGAAAAAGAUGAGGAGAAAGAGUGGAAAAUAUAUCUGUAAUUUUACAGGAAAUGAUUCUGGCUCAGUUGAAUAAAAAUGUUAUAAUUUGGAGCUUCCCUACUGCUGUAACUGUAAGCCUCCUAACACAUCCUGCUGUUGCACCUGAUGCUAGUCUGUAUACUGGAUGUUUUGAUACCUUUAUAGUGUAUUGUAUGUGGCUUUUAUAUCUAUAAUUAUUUUGUAAUUUUUUUUGUCAUUUUGAUGUCGCUGUUAGUCAGCUGAAAGUAGUCCCCUUGUACUUUGUACAAUUUUUUUUUUUUUAAUAAAUAAAUUUAUUAGCUUCAUGAA